AUGGAGCCCCCGCGCGCGCCCGCUCUGCGCCGCCUGCUGCCGCCGCUGCUGCUCCUGCUGCUGCCACUGCCCCCCCGCGCCCGGGCCAAGUACGUGCGGGGCAACCUCAGCUCCAAGGAGGACUGGGUGUUCCUGACGAGAUUUUGCUUCCUCUCGGAUUAUGGCCGACUGGACUUCCGUUUCCGAUACCCUGAGGCCAAGUGCUGUCAGAACAUCCUCCUCUAUUUUGACGACCUAUCCCAGUGGCCAGCCGUGUACAAGGCAGGGGACAAGGACUGCCUGGCCAAGGAGUCAGUGAUCAGGCCGGAGAACAACCAGGUCAUCAACCUCACCACCCAGUAUGCCUGGUCAGGCUGUCAGGUGGUGUCAGAGGAGGGAACCCGCUACCUGAGCUGCUCCAGCGGCCGCAGCUUCCGCUCAGUGCGUGAAAGGUGGUGGUACAUCGCACUCAGCAAGUGUGGGGUAAGGGGCUGGGCUGGCCACCCGGACCUUCUCCUCCUUGCCUUCCUGCUGACCCCCUACCUGCCCAGAGACCCCCUUAGGCCUCCACACUCCCCACAGGGAGAUGGGCUGCAGCUGGAGUAUGAGAUGGUCCUCACCAAUGGCAAGUCCUUCUGGACGCGGCAUUUCUCAGCCGAUGAGUUUGGGAUCCUGGAGACAGAUGUGACUUUCCUCCUCAUCUUCAUCCUCAUCUUCUUCCUCUCCUGUUACUUUGGAUAUUUGCUGAAAGGUCGUCAGUUGCUCCACACGACUUAUAAAAUGUUCAUGGCCGCAGCAGGAGUGGAGGUCCUGAGCCUCCUGUUUUUCUGCAUCUACUGGGGCCAGUAUGCCACUGAUGGCAUUGGCAACGAGAGUCUGAAGAUCUUGGCCAAGCUGCUCUUCUCCUCCAGCUUCCUCAUCUUCCUGCUGAUGCUCAUCCUUCUGGGGAAGGGAUUCACGGUGACACGGGGCCGCAUCAGCCAUUCGGGCUCUGUGAAGUUGUCUGUCUACAUGACCUUGUACACUCUUACCCACGUGGUGCUGCUCAUCUAUGAGGCUGAGUUCUUUGACCCGGGCCAGGUACUGUACACGUAUGAGUCACCGGCGGGCUACGGGCUCAUCGGGCUGCAGGUGGCAGCUUACGUGUGGUUCUGCUAUGCUGUGCUCAUCUCCUUGCGUCACUUCCCGGAGAAGCAGCCCUUUUACGUGCCCUUCUUUGCUGCCUACACCCUCUGGUUCUUUGCAGUUCCUGUCAUGGCCCUGAUCGCCAACUUUGGGAUCCCCAAGUGGGCCCGGGAGAAGAUUGUUAACGGCAUCCAGCUGGGGAUCCAUUUGUAUGCCCAUGGCGUGUUCCUGAUCAUGACACGCCCAUCGGCCGCCAACAAGAACUUCCCGUACCACGUGCGCACGUCGCAGAUCGCCUCAGCCGGGGUCCCGGGCCCGGGACGGAGCCAAUCCUCGGACAAGGCCUUCCCGGAGCACGUCUAUGGGAAUGUGACGUUCAUCAGCGACUCGGUGCCCAACUUCACGGAGCUCUUCUCCAUCCCCCCGCCCGCCUCCUCCGCCGGGAAGCAGGUGGAGGAGACGGCGGUGGCGGCGGCGGUGGCCCCGAGGGGCCGCGUGGUGACCAUGGCCGAUCCGGGCGCGGCCUCCCCGCCCCCUCCCGCUCGGUUCCCCAAGGCGGCCGACCCGAGCUGGGAUGGCCCGACGCCGCCCUACCAGCCGCUCGUGCCCCAGACGGCGGCGCCGCACACCGGCUUCACCGAAUACUUCAGCAUGCACACGGCCGGGGGCACCGCACCCCCGGUCUGAGCACCCCUGCCCGCCCCUGUCCCAUCGGCCGCGCGCCGGGCCCCGGCCGGGCUCCGGACCCCCGCUCUAUCCCGGCCCCAGGGCUCGGUCAUUCCAGGCCUUCCCGACCCUCCCCACCCCGCGCGCCCAGGUAGGGGUGCGUAGUGUCCCGCUCCCGCCCCUUCCCCCGACUCUUGUGCCAAACGGUCCCGCGGGAGCCGCUCUCCCCGUCCCCUCCCUCAGCCCCUGCCCCGAGCGGCGCCGGAUUCUGGGCUCCCGCUGUUCCGUGACCUCCGGCCCC